GGGAAGGGGCUCAGCAGCCCCCUCCUAAUUCGUGCCACUGGGAGGACCCGCUCCACACCGUGCCCAGAACCCGGAGAGGGGCUGAAGGGAGUCGACGGCGCUGUCUGUGUUCCUAAGCCGGCUGAGGAGCCGCUCGUACCUGUGAGGACCCGGGGUCGCUGGGCGGGACGGGGGUGGGCGUCGGGCAGCUGGACGGGGGGUCUGUGAUGCGGCCGGAGCCGGAAGGGGACAGGCAUGAGAUUUUGGGGAACCCCAGGAGGUGUGCUGGCCGCCCCUGCACGGCCCCCCUGUGAACAUGCAGGUGCUCCAGAUCGUCAAGGAGCUGGUGUCCCCGUCCAGACGGAGAGCGGCGUCCAGACAUGGAGCUUCCGAUGCGGAGCAGGACGCUGCCUUAAGGCUGGAGCAGGAGAGGGCGGAGAUCGUCGCCAAAUAUGACAAGGGAAAAGAGGGAGCAACAGUGGAGCCCUGGGAGGACGCAAACUUCCACCUCUACAAAGUCAUCGACAGAUUUGGCUUCCUGCAUGAGAAUGAACUCCCAUCGUAUGACUCGGUGGAAGAAAAGCAAAAACACCAGGAAGUGGAAAGAACUUCAAAAUGGCUGAAAAUGUUGAAGAGUUGGGACAAGUACAAGAACAGUGAAAAGCUGGUGAGGAGGAUCUACAAGGGAGUCCCUCUCCAGCUCCGGGGCGAGGUGUGGUGCCUCCUGCUGGAUAUUCCCAAAAUAAAGGCGGAGAAGAAGGACUUCUAUGAGAAGCUGAAGCUGAGGGCGAGAGGGACGUCUCCAGACGUCCGUCAGAUCGACCUGGACGUGAACCGCACGUAUCGCGACCACAUCAUGUUCAUGCACCGCUACGACGUCAAGCAGCAGGCCCUGUUCCACGUCCUCACGGCCUACUCCAUGUACAACACGGAGGUGGGCUACUGCCAGGGCAUGAGUCAGAUCACUGCCCUGCUGCUCAUCUACAUGAACGAGGAGGACGCGUUCUGGGCCCUGGUCAAGCUGCUGUCCGGUCAGAAGCACUCCAUGCACGGUUUCUUCGUUCCUGGUUUCCCCAAGCUGAUGAGGUUUCAGGAGCACCAUGACCGCAUUCUGAAGAAGAUGAUGCCCAAACUCAAGCAACAUCUGGACAGCCAGGAAGUCUUCACCAGCCUGUACACCAUGAAGUGGUUCUUCCAGUGCUUUCUUGAUAGAACGCCUUUCACCUUGACUCUCAGGAUAUGGGACAUCUACAUCCUUGAGGGAGAGAGAGUCCUUACUGCUAUGUCUUACACUGUCCUCAAACUCCAUAAAAAGCACCUGCUGAAGCUGUCCAUGGAAGACCUUGUGGAUUUCCUGCAGGUCAGCUUGGCCAAGGACUUCUUCUUCGACGACGACUUUGUGAUCGAACAGCUGCAGAAUUCCAUGUCGGAACUCCGACGCUCCAAACUGGAGCUGCCCGCGCCAGGUAAAGAGGAUGAGUUGCCCAAGAAGCCCCUGGGUCAGCUCCCGCCCGAGCCUGCCACCACCACCGCCACCACCACCGCCAACCACAUGGUGAACGGGCAGAGCCACAACGCCAAGCCGGCGGAGACGCCGCUGACGCCCAGCGCCGGUCCGGAGCGCCCCCAGGAGGAGGUGCGGGCCAGCGUCGGUCCGGAGCCGCCCCAGGAGGGGGGGGGUCGGCCCAGCUCCGGUCCGGAGCGUCCCCAGGAGGGGAGCCGGCCCAGCAGCCGGGCCCGGAGGAACUCGCUGGAGAAGCUGGUGCGGCAGCACAAGGCCGAGAAGAGGGAGGCCCGUUCGCGGGGGAGCUCCGGGGAGGCGGAGCCUCGGAAGCCGCCGCCCGCGGCGACCUCAUCCCCGGGGCCCGGCGUAGCGCCAAACUCCGCCGCUCAGGACGAGCCCAGGGCGGCCAACCACGCCACGGCCAACCACAACCACAACGCGGCGUCCGGCGGCCGCAAGGACUUCACGCCGCGCUGGGUGAAGCCGUCGGAGACCAGGCUGGAGGCCGCCAGGACCGCCGCGGGGCGGGGCCUGGUCUUCAUCCAGGGCGGCUCGCCGCCCCCGUCCGGCCCGGAGGACGGCCCGCUGCCCCACCGCCGGCCCCGCUCCCGAGGCGGCUUCGUGGCCGACGCCAACCGCGGCUCCAACGCGUCGCAGUACGACAACGUGCCCGGGCUGGAGCAGGACUUCGCCGAUGCGCCGGAGCUGGAGCAGCCGCCCCUGCGGGGACAUCUCGGGCCUCCGGCGCCCAAACAGAGCAGCCCCAACCGAGCGCCCGGCGGCGCCGAGAUCGGGACCGGGCCCCGGGCCCCCAAACACACGCUGCAGGUGGGCAGCCCGGACCCGCGUCCCAUGGGGAGACCCUCGCCCAGCUACCCCAACCCCCCGUACCUGGGGCCCCCGCUCAGGCCCCCCCUCGGCCCGCCCCUGCAGGUCUCCCCCGGGAGGCCCCGCGCGGGCCCGCCCUUCCACGCGGCGUACGGCGGCGUUCCGGUGGACCUCCGGCCGGACGAGCGCCACUACGGCACCGCGCUGAGGGCCCCCGCCAGCCUCUCCCCCGAAAAGGCCCUCGUGAACUCCUACGCCACCUACCGCCGGCCGCCGCCGCCCAGCGCCGCGCCGGCCGCCCGCAUCACCGUGGCGCCCGCGGAGCCCAGCGCGCAGUUCGACAGCUCCGGCUCCGCCCCCGGCAGCUUCCUGCGGCAGCCCACCAGGCUGAUCGGCGUGCCGGCGUUCGCACCCUCGGACUACGGGCAGGAGGGGUGGAGGAGGGUGGACCAGCCCCCGCCCCCGCCCUACCACCCCGAGGGACACGGGGGGGGCGGCGGGGCUGGAGGGGGGCGGCAGUGGAGCCACGAAAGCGAUUCGCCCCAGUCCUCCAGUGGCGUGCCCCGAUCGCCCAGCUUCCACAAGGCGCAGAUGUCGCCCGUGAACGAGUUCCGCUACCCGCCGGCUCCGGACGGCCUGCGCCAUUACAGGACACAGUAUCAGGAGCAGCAGCAGCCCCCGCCGAGGCAGCAGCAGCUCCCCCCAGUGUUCGGAGGACCACACUACAGGCACGCACCAGAAGCGUUUGCCAUGCAAGAGUCUAUGCUGCUGUGAGCGUGCGAGAGAGAGAGAGAGACAGUGAACUGCUGCAGGGUCACCUGCAUGGUAACAAAAGUGGGGAAAGUUGCUACUACUCUCACUUUUCUCUCAACUGUUUUUUUUUUGUUGUUUUUAUGUGACAUACUGAGCUUAAGUCAUAAUUAUGUGACUGAGCACACCAGCUUCUGGGGUUUUAUGAAUCCUAUUCUUUUAAGUACUUUAGAGUUUUUUUUUUGUUGUUGUUGUUUAAAAAUUAACGCCAGAUGUUUAUUGCUUAUAGUGUAGAACAAAAUGUACAGUAAAGGUUUAGUUAAUAUACAGAGCUGUUUAUGAUUCCUCAAUAUACUGAUCUGGAGUUCUUUAUUUCCCCAAGUGUCAAAAAUAUAGUAACUUUAUUUUAAAAUCUUUAUAUUUUUUUUACUGGGUUACUUCCAAAUAUCUACUUUAGAAGGUCAAUUUCUUUUAUAUAGUUGUGAAUAUCGUAUUUUUCCAUGAGAGGAAAUAAAGCUCUAUCUGAUGAGAAUAUGACUAAACUUGCCAGAGCUGAAAGUAUUUUCAUUCUUUCAGUGACCAAAAAUAGACAGAUGCCUCCAAUCUUAUCACAUAAAAUGUAUUGAUUUCCCUCAAAGGAGUAUUUUGCUUAAUUUGUCUUGCAUUGCUGACAUCAGCCAAUACAUUUCUGUUGCUUGCGGAACAUGUCUUCAAGAGCACUCUGGGAAUUUGAGUUCCAUUUACAUCUAAUAAUUCUAAUAUUAUGGUAAAUUCAGUCUUCGUCAUGUUUGACAGUUAAACAGUCAUUAACAGCACAUUAACAGUAUCUACUACAGUGUGGUGCUCAAUUAAAGAAAAUGGUAGAUACGGAGUAGCCUUUCAUAUGGUUCUCAGGUGAGAUUUAUAAUGUGGAACGUGUAUUUUAAAGACUGUAUAUCAAGCACUAUUUGUGGCACACUACAGUACGUAACGCUUUUGUAUGCUUUUUUUUAGUCUUUUAUUUAUUCCAUCACCAAAUCACAUAUAAAUCGGUAGAUCCACAAUCAUUCCAGAUCAUAUUUCGGUUUGGUCACGUAAGAUGUGAAUGGACGGCAUUGCACACUGAUUCAGAUUAACAGUGAGAGUGUUGUUUUUGUAUUGCAUUGUAGAACCACUCAUUCAUUCCUCAGAUCAAAUUGGUAGAAGAAUGAAAAAGGAAAAUUUGCCUUUUCAUUACUUUUCCCUUUCAGAGCUUUGGUGGGGAAAACUCUGAAUUUACAAGACCGCUCUUUUUCCCAACGCAUGCAUCUGUCGUGGCUGAAGGUGCAAACGGCAUUCACUGUGCAAGUGCAGCUGGUCGGGUGCUGACUCUACGUCACCACGUUGCUGCGGAAACAUCAGAGAGAGGUGUCAGAAGGUCGCUUGUUAGCUGGGGAACAAGCUGUGCGUGUUCUCUAAUGGAGAAAAAAGACCACAGACUGUAUAUCUAUUUAAUACACUAUAUUUUCAUUAUGUCAUUUGGAGUGGUUUGUACUUGCUGUCAUGCUUUAUUUUGGAAUCAUUUUUUAAAUGCAAAUUUAAGUAACCGUGCAGAAUAUUUUGCUUUGCAGUGUCAGUCUUGCUUAUUCGUAAACUUGAUUUUGAAAGAAAAAAAAAAAACAGAAUAGCCACACACACUCAAACAAUAAUCCUUAUUUCUGAACCGAACAUUGCAUUGCAAUGUGUAGUGAUCAGUGUGGCCAGAUGAGCCAUUUGCCUGUAACGGCUCAAUACUGCUCACAUGCAUGUUAUCCUUAAUUUAUUAAUCUGAUCCUCAGCCUCAGGCUCUCACUCUCUGUAUUAGUCUACACUGUAACAUGAGCACUACACUGAACUGAGUAUUUUGAAGGGUGAUGAUGUCAGGAUUUCAAAUUUUUUUUAAGUUCAAAUGUGUUCUCAGUGCUUAGAGAAAUCCUUCAGAAAUGAAGAGGUUGUUUCUAAUGGCAAGGAAUUAACUCCACUGUCAUGUUUUUUUUAACUUGACCUCCCACCUCCUUGCUGUCUUACUCCUUGAUCACAAGGAUUAUUUCACGCUCACGCUGAAAUCCUGUUACGAUAAUGUCCCCCAAAAAAAAAUUUUUUCCACCAUAUUACUAAGUGAAUACUGUUGCCUAAUCAAUAAAAAAGUCUUUAUAUAUAUUGUGUUUAUUGAAUGCAUUUUGUCUUUUUUUUUUUUGUAAUUGUAGUCCAGUCAUUUCAGUAUAGGCUGGUACAUUCUGAACCGGUCCAAGCAGAAAUGCCAAGCUGUGUAGAUUGAUUCCAAAAUGACUUUCUAAAAUCAAUGGUAAUAAUAAAUAUUGAAUUAAUUUCAUAUGAUUUAAAUGUAUAUAAAUGUAGGAUUUAUAAUCUCGUUUUAAUAUAUAGGCUACGGAUCAGGACGAUAUUUUUCAGUAUGGUAUUACGUAGUAUGUGAUACACCCAAUGACAUUUUCAUGGUCUUACAAAUAUGGAAUACUUCAUAGAUUUUAAUGUGAAUAAGAGACUAAAUAAACCAAAUUAAUUUUCAGUAAA